GAUUUCACCCAAAAUUAAAAUAUGGGGUGUAGAAUAAUGUUUUGAGCCUAUGUUAAAAAUGAUACCUAAAUCAAGUCAUAUACAGGAUAUUCUUACAUCAUAUGUUAUAAUUAUGUUGUACUUAUGUUAGACAUGUAAGUCUUGGGAUGAUAGCAAAUGUCCAGGUGGUUUGGUUGUGCCAGAUUACACUGACCCAGACAGGAUGAAGUACACAGAUAUUAAACCUAAUGUAAAAGUUAUAACCCUUGAGGAUGCCAUAUUCUACCACUGUAUGGUACACAAGGAUGGCACUGAUGCAAACAUGUUCUUCACUAAGCAAAACAACUCUCUGCCUAUACAAGUUGGAAAUAUCAUUGCAAGUGCUCAAGCUGGAGGGAUGCUACAUAAAGUAGAAAAUGUGAAACAAUAUGAUGGGUUUACAAUCUUUCAUGGAAAGUUUGCAUCACUUGAAGAGGCAAUUGAGUAUACUGACUUUGAAAUGGAAGCACCUUUAGAAACAAUUGAUGAUCCAGUCACAAUAGAAGAAGUGCCUGACAGUGAUCUGCUUGAAGUUUUGCUUUCUGGAGAAGGAACAAUAUCUAAUGUUCCCAAUGUAACAGUCAUAUCAGAGGAAAACAUCUACAAGUGUGUCGGGCGACUCUUUCAUGCUGAAGAUGAUAUACACAAUGAAAUAAGCUCCGUAACACUGGUUCUGCUUACAAAGGAUCUUACUGAAACAUACAAGAAAGGUGGUGUCCUCAUAGGAAAUGCCACAAAGGGAUAUUUGGAAGUUAUCAAAACUAUUAGCACUUCAGCUAAGAUUGCUGUCACAAGUCUCCUGGAUUGUUCAACAGAGAAACACCUUUUACACAAAAUCAUAACAAGUACAACUGUUGACAGUGAAGCUACAAAAGGUGGCAAGAGAAUGAUUUGUCCUGGGGGAGAUAACUGGCCUGCACUGCAGUAUUUUCAUCAAUCACAGACAGAUCUAACGCAUGGAGAUAUUAUAGUAGGCAGACCAUCAGGAGCAUUUCUUUUGCAGAUCUAUGAGGUAACUAGCAUUGGAGAGUUCACCUUCAUUGAGGGUCUCCCACUGACUGAUGAGAUCAAAAACAAGACAUAUGUACCAGCAGAACAAAAAAGAAUAAAGAGAAAAACUUAUUCGAAAACAUGGGCUCCAAGAUGGAGAUAUGGAACACCUACUACAGUAAACUUUGGUGGAGGAGUUUCCAUGAAGUUUGACCCUUACUUCAUCUUUACUCCUUCUCUCACACUUUUUGCUGAGGUAGGAAUAUGGCCACCUUUCAUAUACAGAGUAGGGGCUGAUUUAUCAGGGACACUUAAGACAGGACUGACAGUAACUGUAACUUUUGAAAAUGGGUUCGAGAAAACAUGGGAGAAACAACUUGUAGACAAAACUUUGAGACGGUUUAUAAUUAUGGUAUUUGCUAUUCCAAUUCCUGGGAAAAUCUACUUCAAAUUAGAUUUUGAAGCAAAAGUAUGGGCUAAGGCAAAAGCUUUUGUUGAAGGACAUAUAGGAGCUACGGCUGUUACAACUAUGGGAGCAGCUUGGACAGAUUCUAAUGGUUUGAGGAUAACUAGGCCUACGUUUGAUGUGACAUUCCAAAAAGGAUUGACAGGAAAAGUUGACAAGAAAGAAACAGAGGCUGGUGCAAGAAGUACACUGACUCCAAAGCUAGGUGUUGCAUGGCCAAGCACCGGUCUGUCUAAGAAUGACAUUCCUUGGUGGGUUCCUGGUUUC